AUGCAGAUCUUCGUGAAAACGUUGACGGGUAAAACCAUUACCCUCGAGGUAGAACCGUCAGAUAGCAUUGAAAAUGUCAAGUCUAAAAUUCAAGACAAAGAAGGAAUCCCUCCUGAUCAACAAAGAUUGAUAUUUGCUGGCAAACAGUUGGAA